AUGAACGGUAUGUGGCUGUUAUCUGUUGUCUUAUUCGUAGCUGCGUUCAAUGCAGUAAUUGGUUGUAAACAUGCGCAUUCUGCAGCUCUUUCUCAAAUUCAAUCCGUUGGCAUUGGAAUUUCAUCAUCAGGUGGUUGUAGUAAUCGUAAUAAUCCAAAAUGUACAUCACUCGAACAAGUGAAUUGUAAUGCUAUUCGUUGUUUGAAAACAUUGAAAACAUCUUCAGGAUGUGGUAUUACAGUUACUGGAGGCACAGAAACUGGUCAUGCUGGUGGAACACAUUCACAUUGGAAUGGAUAUAAAAUUGAUAUUUCACUCAAUUCAUGUAUAAACUCAUAUAUUACAAACCAAUUUGCUUAUAUUGGUCAACGAGGUGAUGGUGCUGCUCAGUACAGAGCAUCAAGUGGCAAUGUUUAUGCUAAAGAAGGCAAUCAUUGGGAUAUUACAUUCACUGCUCAAUUUAUAGCUGCUGUUAAUAGUUCUCACUUUUUGGGUGGUACGAUCAGUUGGCGUGUACAGAAUUCGGCGACUUCUAGUACAUGGGUAGCUAUACUCAUUACUCAAACAUAUUCUUGGACAUAUACUACUGGAAAAUGUGAAAAUGGUGCGAUUGCUGCAAAUCAACCAGUUCCUGGUUCAGGAGGAACACUAACUUGUUCACCUAGUUGCCCAGCUGGCUUUGGAAGUGUAUCUGCUACACCUCAUUGUACUGACGUUUCUCCGCUCAAUGGAAUCGUAGUUGGACAACGUUCAGACAUAGUUUUAAUACCAGAAGGUAGUGAUUUUUCAGUGAUUUAUGCGAGUGGUGCAUGGGGUAGUCUUACUUCAUUACCAGCAAAUACAGUGAUAUAUCCGAACUGUACUAUUGAAAUUACUGGUACCACUGCUGGUACUCGAUAUGCUUUAGCAAUUAUGGCAGAAGAUUUCAUCACUUCAGCUAGUACAACACCCCUAAGUACAGUACCUGUUCAAUUUCUUGUUGAAAUUAUGACUCCACCAUCAUGUUCUAUUCUACCUGAAAUAUUACAUACUGGAAAAUCAUGUACACCAAUUAAAAUGAAUGAAACAUUCAUAUCCCAAGUACUUGCUGUGAAUCAUUGUGGAGAAAAUGUUAUUAUUAUAGAUAUUGCUACAUUAUCUUUUUCUGGAAUGACUCAAGGAUCUCUUGUCAAAUUAAGUUCUCUCAUUUAUUAUAAAACUAUAACUUGGACACCAACUAUUGAUCAACUUGGCUAUCAAGUAAUGUGUGCAAUGGCUUUGAACAAUCAAUAUGCACAAUCAUCACAAUAUUGUUUCACGUUUUUUGUCACAGAAAAUGGUAUGGAUACAUGUCCUGGAGUUAUAGACAAUACUAUAACGACAAUUCCAUCAACAACAAUAUUGAUGGCAACAACAGAAACAUCAACAUCAACAUCAACAACAGAAACAUCAACAUCAACAUCAACAACAUCGACGGCAAUCCAAAUAGUAACAUCUGACUGUAUCAAUUGGCCAUUAAUUGCAAGUCUUGGUGCUUUAGCUCUUCUCGCUACGGCCUGUAACUGCUGUUUUCUUUGCCAUUGUUAUACAUUAAAUAAAAUGGCUAUUUAUCGAACUCGUACACAUUUCGAUAUUGAUACAUCAAGAUAUGAACAUGAAUAUAUAAUAAAUAAUUAUUCCAAAGUAUUCAGAUAUCUACAUAUAGAAACACCCGAUUAUGAAAUACGAAAUGAAGCUUGUAAAUAUAAUUUUAUUAUUGAACCCGGCCGUAGACAUAUAUUAAUUAAUGUUAUUAUGGAAUUUCCAUUAACAUUAACUGAAAGACGGUGUUUUGAAGUUAUAGCUGAAUGUUAUAAUGAAAUACGUACAUCAGCAUCAACAACAAAUAGUUCAACAGCAAAUAAUUCAUUAUCAAAUCCAUCAAGAAAAUCAUCGAGAACAAAUAUUAUGAGUCAAACAAGUAAAUUAAUUUCUCAUGAUGAAAAUCAAAUUGUUUAUUCUCGUGUACCAGAUGAAGUUGAUUUAUAUGACAGUGAUGAAUAUAGUGAUGAUGGCUUUGUAAAUAAUCGUCGUUAUGUUAAACUUCGUCUUGAUUUAGAUGAUAUAUCAUCAAUAAAAAAAUUACGAAUUAAAAUUAAAUGUACUUAUAAUAGAAUAUUAUCAAAUGAAUCAAUUGAACCACAAUUAUAUUCAUCAAUAAAUGAUCAACAAAAUUCAAUUGAUAAAAAUGAUCUAUCAUUACUUGAAUUAUUUCAUAAGACAAUUCCAUAUGAUAUAAAAAUUGAAAUAGGUACACAUACAUUUCAUGCACAUCGACAUAUACUUAUGUUACGUUCUGAUUAUUUUAAAACAUCAUUUGGAAGUCAUUUUAAUGAUUGUACAAAUAAUCCAUUAAAAUUAAGUGGUGAUAUUGAUGUAAAUGCAUUUGAUAUUUUACUAAAAUAUCUUUAUACAAAUCGUAUUGAACAUGCUAUUCAUGAUGAAUUGUUAUUAAUUGAAUUAUUUAAAUUAUCUGAUCGAUUUUUAAUUGAUUCACUUAAACAUCAAUGUCUUAUUGAAUUACUAAGAAAUCAUAUUAAUAAAGAUAAUGUUUUCUCAUAUUUAGAUUUAUUAGAUACAUAUCAUGGAUGUGAUGAAUUACGUGAAAAAUGCUUUGGUCUAUUUCAUAAAUAUUCAGAUUUAUUAAAAACACCAGCAUUUAAUCAUUUAGAAAAAAAUAAUCCAAAAUUAGCUCUACAAAUUUAUGGCUCAUUUUUCUAA